AUGUUUGCUUUCUUGUUUUCAGUAGCGGUUGUGGUGGGUGUUCACUAUACCUUUGCAAGCACGUCAUACCCGGAUGAAAACCCAGCGCUUCAAGAGUAUCAAAAUGAAGCUGCGGCCUUUCCGCUUGAAGAGCAAUGGUACAUGAUGUACAGGAACUAUGAGUCAGAUCCCUUUUUUGGUGACAAAGCUAAAUGCGUAAGUAUAACCGAGACGAAGCCAGGUGAAAACGGCGCUUACCCCGUGGUUCUUCGGUACAAUCCAGACGUUUCUAUCGAUCUAACGGCGACAUUCAGCUCAUCCCCAGGAUAUACUGUUAAAAACAUCGUGAUUCAUCAUAAUCAAGAUCAAAAUGUUACGAUUGCGUCCAGAACAGCCUACAAGGACGUCAAAAAGUGUGAUGUCCUGCGAAUGCCUCAAGCAGGUGGGGCAUGCGUCCUCCUCGUUCCGAAGAGUCAACUCGGAAGUGUUGACAAGUGCUGUGAUUUCAUCUUUGACCUCCUCUGCGGUGCCACCCCCAAGUUCAACAUCUACGACAGCAGCUGCUCGUAG